AUGUCUAAUAUUCAAACUAAUCAAUAUGUGCUCACAGAUUCAUCUAAACAUUUAACUCAAAUGCCGAAAACGAAAGUGAAAUUAAAAUCUAAUGAACAUUUAACAUCACCAGUUAAUGGUGUUUAUAUUAUACCACGUGAAUUGUCACAAAUGAAUACGAAUGAUAAAUUAACUGAAUUCAAUCAAUUUUGCACAAACAGAAAUAACAGUAAUAAUAAUAAUAAUACAAAUAAGAAUAUUUUUACAGUAAUUCGUACAGAAAAAGCAGUCAAAAUGUUAGCUGAAAUACCAAAUCAUAUUGGUGAAUAUAUUUGUCAGUUAUGUUUUCAAUGGUUUCCAGAUGCAUUUUGUUUAGCCGAACAUCCAUGUUCAUGUAUGGCAAGUUUAGCAUAUGCAUGUGAAAUUUGUGGUAAAGUAUUCAAUUGUCCAGCAAAUUUAGCAUCACAUCAACGUUGGCAUAAACCACGAAUAGAUAAUAAUCAUAAAAAUAUACGCCAGACAAGAAUAAUCACUAAUAAACGGAUGAAUAAUGAUAAACUAAAAAAUUCAAUUAAAAGUUCCAAUUACUCAACUAAUGAUCAUAUAACUUGUUUAUUAAAACAGAAUUCUUCAUCAUCUGAAUUAGAUCGACAACAGUUAUCCAUUUAUUCAGAACAUAUCAAUAAUGUGUUUAAAACAAGUAAACAUUAUAGAAUAUCAUGUGAUGAGAAGAUGCACUACGAACAAGUAUACAAUGUUUCAAAUAUACAAUUCAGUGAUUCUAUGAAUAAUCACUUAAUAAUUAAUGAUACAAAUGUAAUAACGACUACAGCUACUAAUACUACUAAUGGAGCAAUUCAUUAUUCAAAUUCACUGUCAAAUAAAAGUACUUCCAGUAAACAAAUUAAUCCUUUUUCAGUUGAAGCACUUCUAGCUUGAUUUCUUAUUUCUAUAAUAUAUCUUUAGUUUUUCAAGGCCACUAUCCUUUUUCCUUCUCUUCCUGUAUUGUAUUUUUACCCUCUCACUAACUUGUUACUGGUCAUAAACUCUUUCUGAUUAUGAUUCAUUUUUAUUUCCUCAUUUUAUCUUAUGUUAUA